AAAUUUUUAUAUAUUAUAUUUGAGUUAAUUUUUUGCUAUUAAGUCACCACUUAACUUGUUCGAAAAAUAUUUUUGCGAAGUAGUUUGAUUAAAUCCAAUAUAUUCAUGUCAACCGGAGCGUAUGAGUAACAUUUGAACCACCUGCUCUUUGAGAAUAUAAUGCAAACCUUAUUCUCUCAUCCUCUCACCUUUCCACAACCGCUCUCGAUCGUGCUCACUUGAUUUCACGGGGGAUCGCCAUGGCAAUGCGCUCUUCUUCCGAACCUCUUCUCUCAUUAACUGCUCGCUUUUGCAAAACAUUCAUCAAGCGACGCCGCGAUCGGUUUAUUUUUGUUUACAAUUUCGUUUGUUUUCGAAACAAGUGUCCCAAAAUUAAAACAAUAAAAACGCCACAAUCAAAAUAAACACAAAUAAUGGGCGAACAAGCAAAGCAACUAUCAAAACAAAUACAACAAUUAAAAUGCAAUACACAAAUUUAGGGGAAAAAUGAGUGUUCGCUUUGUAUGUUUGUAUAAUCUAAUUUUUUGUAUUUUUUCGACACACACAUACACACACACAAGAAUACACUUGUGCUACGUUAAGCCGCAAGACAAAUUUGCUUUGACAACGAUGAGCCAUCGGUGGCGUAUUGAAACAACACGCACGCCCAGACAACGCUGCAGCUGGUGAACGCCAUUGGCGGACGGACAUGCAGAUUUUUCAGACGAAGACGAAACGCUGACAACGUCGACUGGCGGAAAGGCGACGACGACAGUGACGAUGUUGUCGCUGUGAUUGUGUGUGCUGACGCUCAUUGCAGUGUGUUUGGACGGCGAUAAUUACGUUGAGCUGCAACAAACACAUACAAAUACCGUUGUGUUAUUGCAUGCAAGUGCUGAGUGUGAGCGCUGUGCGUUGCCUCGUCUGCGUACUCAUAAAAACGGAAAAGCAAACUACUAUUUAGGCAAAUGAAAUGUGAAAUAAAAUCAUUAUCUCAUACACACACACAUACUUAAAUGUUUAUAUGCUGAUAUACAAAAAAUACAAAAGGUGUGAAUUGAUUACUUUUACAAAUGGCUUUUGUUUACAAUUUUAGCAAUAAAAUACAUACAUACAUAUAUAUAUAUACAUAUAAAAUUUUCCGUGUGUGCAUAAUAAACGUGCAUUAAGAAAAAAGUGUGAGAAAUUAGUGAAAUAAUUAAUUUUUGCGUGAACUGUAAAGGAUUUAUGGUCAUUUUUACAAUUUAAGAAUUAACUGAAUACUUGCGGAAAUCAUUUCCAAACGCUAACCGUGCGCGCUUGUGUGCAGAAUAAACAAAAUAUAUGUGCGUUUGAACUGAGUGAUCGUGUGCAUCUCAUUUGGAUUAUGGAAAAUGUUACUGCGACCGCAACAGCAGCCACCAUACGUCAGCAACAACAGCAAUUACAACAGCAUCAACAGUUGCAGCAACACCAUCAAGAACAACAGCAACAGCAUGAACAUCAACAGCAAUUUUGCUUGCGUUGGCACAAUCAUCAGACUAGUCUUCUGAGCACACUGCCAGUGUUAUUAGAUCAAUCCCAUCUCACCGAUGUUACCAUUUCGGCAGAGGGGCGUACUUUGCGUGCGCAUAGAGUUGUGCUCAGCGCCUGCAGCACUUUCUUUCUGGAGCUCUUUCGUACAUUGGACACCAACAGCCAUCCCAUUAUUAUCAUACCAGGCGCUUCGUUUGCAGCCAUUGUGGCGCUGCUCACCUUCAUGUACUCCGGUGAGGUGAAUGUGUAUGAGGAACAGAUACCGAUGUUGCUUAAUCUGGCAGAGACCUUAGGCAUUAAAGGGCUAGCAGAUGUACAGAAUAAUUUACAGAAAGGAAAUAGACGCGCUGCAACCGCACCACCGGCGCCACCACCGCCCGCACAUGACUUUUUCGAUGCCUUGCGUAAAGAAGAGUCCGAAACACCGCCUACGCCACCGUCCCCACCAGCAGCGCCAACAACUUCUAUGGCACCGCCGACGCUGCCACCACCUUUAGCCUCCACUGUACCAACGCCAAACGCGCAAUUACCUUUACUUUCCGCCGCCAGCGUUCCGAACGCAUUCAAUUCGUCGCUACUCGGCAGCAAGCUCCCCACACCGCUUGAGAGCUUGUUUCUCAAGUCUUUGCAAUUUUAUCCGAAUUUGCUGCCGCAACCACUUAAUUUCUCACAAACAGCGCUGAAUAAAACUAACGAACUGUUGGCUAAAUACCAACAGCAAUGCAACAGUUUGUACCAGGAUGCGCUGAGCUUGUCCGCCAAGGAGAUUUCUCCAACAUUCGCCGCUGAAGACUAUGCACCAACUGGCCCAGUAUAUACUGGCGCGAUCGAUGAGGGUGGCCUUGGUUAUGGCGCUGCAAAACGUUUCUGUUUGGGUGAAAAACAGCGCACAUUAACCUUAUCAAUGGCGCAGCCGCAAAUGACACAUCUGCACUAUCAGCAUCAACAGCCACAUGCACCGUCCCCACAAGCACAUAUGCAACACACAUUAACACAUACACAAACGAAUUCACCACAACAAAAAGACAUUAAACGUAUUGAUAAGAUUGUCGAAAAUUUACGGAAAACGCCAACAGUCAGCGAAAGCGGCUUGUUGGGCGCACCUUGUGCGCCACAAACAAUACAGCAGCAGCGUCAAUCGCCACAACAGCCGCACCAAAGCUUACAUGGUCAGCUCCAGACGCCGUCGCUGAGCGUGAAGACAUCGUUGGGCGGCAACUAUACGCCCACCUUGCAAUCACCACAUUUGAGUGGCAACAAAUCCCCUUGGUCUUUGUCUGCGACAGCAUCUUGCGGUACGACGCAGAGUCAAUUACAGCAGCAGCACCAACAACACGCACACGCUAUGCCUUAUUUGAGUGCCGAGGAGCAGGUGGCCAAACUGCAGCAACAAAUCGAUCAGUUUGCCAGCUGCAGCCGUAGUGUGGCAGCAACUGUAACUACUGCAUCGGGCGCCGGUAGUAGUGAGCUUAAAGCUAACGCGCAGUCCGAUACGAAUUUAUUGGGUACAUUGACAGAUAAGCCGUCCGCGGGCUCAGUACAUGCGUCCAACACGUCGAAUGCGCCGAAUACAAACACACAGCAGAAGCCACCGUCCAACUCGAAAUUGUAUGCGACCUGCUUUAUAUGCCACAAACAGCUCAGCAAUCAAUAUAAUUUGCGUGUACACCUGGAAACCCAUCAGAAUGUACGUUAUGCUUGCAACGUCUGUUCGCAUGUGUCGCGCAGCAAGGAUGCGUUGCGGAAGCAUGUCUCUUAUCGCCAUCCCGGCGCACCUUCGCCCUGCGAAUCGGAAGCGCGUCGCAAACGUGCCUCUAAAGCGGCUAAUGCCUCACCGCCCGUCAUUACAGUCUCCACGCCAACAAGCGCAAGCAAUUCAAGCAGCGGCAGCGUCACGCCCACCUCGCCUGCAGCCGCUGUCAGCGCACCAUUUCAGUUGAAUCCAUUAAAUACGAUUGUCACGUCAGCUGCAACUACAGCGGCCAACUCAAGCGGCAGCACGUCUGCUUUGGAAGCGGAAGCGCAAAUGGUCGCGGCAGCACAAUUGAGUUCCGCGUAUAUGUUUCUACCAAAUCAAUUUCACUUAGCGGCUGCAGCAGCUGCUGCUGCACAACAACAACAGCAGCAGCAGCAACAACAACAAUUACAUAAUGCCAUAGAUGCUUCAAAUACAGCAGCAACUGUUGCAGCUCUAAGCUUUGCGGCAACUUCGGCAACAUCUGCGCCAACGACUACAACAACAGCGAAUGGUGAAGAUAGUGCUGCCAGCUUAUUGGCCAGUAAUAUGCAUAUAAAACGUGAACCCAGUCCAGCUAUAAGCAGUCCGGGGAUGCGGCAACAAAUUAGCAGCAAUAAUAAUAGCCUGGGCGGCGGAGCGGAUAUGAGUCCAACAAAUUUGCCUUAAUUAAAAUGGUUGCGUUACCUAUUUUAGACACACCAAACACAUUUUAGAGCACUUUUUCCACACUUACUAACUUAGUUAUGUCUAUUUUAAAUUUGUCACAAUUUUAUUAGCGUUAUUAUUGCUUAUUUAGUAGUUAAAAAGCGGCUAUUAGACAUAAGUCCUAUAAAGACCUUUGAUUUCACGUCAAUCCAAUCGUUAGCCCCGGCUGUGAUAAUUAGUGAAAACCGUUUAAUUAAUUUAUUUUAUUCAAUAACUUUUAGUUAUUUCUUAUAUAUAAUAGUAGCAAUCAGUUAGCACUUAAGUAUUGCCACUGAUAUCCGAACAGCUGUCACUGUUUGUUUACAUUUUCGCAGUUUUCAAAGUCAAAUAUCCGUAAUACAAAGGCUAUAUUACUUAAUGCUAUACUUUUCCGAAGAAUUUAAGUUGUAUAGGCUCGAUAGCAACAAAAAGUCGAGUUUACCGAUAGUUCGCCAAAUUUGCGUCUAUCUGCUUUGCAGUUUGCGAGAGGCCUAUUGUCACAGCAAGCACAUAUUUGGUUAUUGAUUAGCUAUCUUUCACUUUAUAUCUAUAACCACUUUAUAUACACCACUUCUAUUUGCUUAAGACACCGUAAAUCUACUUCUACAUACUUCUAACAGAGAAAUUAACACUUGGGCUAAUCUGCUUGGCCGUUUCUUAAAGACGUUAAGAAACACACAGCAGACUCACAUUAUGCACUAUAGAGUUAUACACUUCUUCUAGUUGCGAUUUCACACAAUAAAUUUGUUAAAAAUACACUUUGCACACUCUUAACAAAAAAAAAAA